AUGGCCUCCUCCACCACAAUGAGCGUUUGCGAGUCAAACGCUGCAACUCCAGCAUCCAAACCCUUGCGCGACCAGAAGGUACCGGGCAAGUCCAUCAUCGGGAACUAUUUCGCACAAAACCCCGAGGCUCGCCAGCAGCAGCAACCGGCACCCCCGAGUCCACCGACGUCUCUUUCGAGCAAUGUGUCAUUGCGUGAAGCCCAGAUGAUCAAGGACUGGGCCUCUAUCCCGCCUCCACCUCGAGAAUGCGACCGAAUUGCCUACUGUUCAUGGACUCAUUUCACUUCUGACAGCAGUCUCCAUAACCCACAUGCUAGCAUGCGAGCGUCCAACAUCUGCGAUCGCGGGGUUACAGUCGGUCAGCACAAGCCAUAUUCUCAUGAGCGCAAUCCUCUGGGCGACGAGGAAGCGAUCGCGAAGGCAAACCACAUCCGGGGCCAGAAGUUGCAAGAAAUGAACCGUGCCAGGCAAGGUAGAUACAGCCAAUGUAGCUGGAGUGGCAGCCGCACUUCUGCUGAAGUGUCCUCCUGUUCGACCCAGUCAGACGGCAACACCAGCGCCCUCAGUUCCCUAGUUGAGAGUCAGCCCAUUGGUUACUUCAAAAAGCAGCCGAUACGGAAUGUCAGUACUAGUUCGCUUCUUACCCUCUCUAUGAGGUCGACCCCCGCCACGUCAGUUGGUGAACACUCCAACCUCGACAGCGCUCGACAGACGAGCUUCGCGAGCAUCGCCAGUCAGCUGAGGAAAAUGGAAAUUUCCCCAUCCAUGCUUCCAGAUGCUUUCGACAGCGACUCAGAUUCCGAUGCCGAGAAAGACGAUGCCAAGAAGAACAAGAAGAGCCUCAACCUGAAGCAAAAGUCACAGGAGAAGGAGUGGGAAAGGACGCUCAAGGAGGCUAGAAAGGGCAAAGCGAAGCAACAGGACGAGGAGGAGAUUGGCGACUUCCUGGAUGAUCUCAAGAAAAGACAACGGUCUAUUGAGCAACAAUGA